AUGGACUCCUGGGAUCGAUUCAAAGAACCCCUACCACCCAAAGAGAGAUUCUACAGUACCCUAAACGAGUCCGGCAUAAAGGACGAAGAGUACCAGCACGCCUUAGACGUGUGGCAGAAGUAUGAUUGCCAAACGAUGGGCGACUACCACGACAUCUACUUAAGGUCUGACGUCGUCCUACUAGCGGACGUCUUUCAGAGCUUMAGGAAGAUGGCAAUGGAGUACUACAGCCUGGAUCCUGCAAAUUUCUACACAGCACCCGGGCUCUCCUGGAGCGCCCUGUUGAAGAAGACGAACGCACAACUGGACCUACUAACGGAAUACGACAUGUACCGGUUUAUGGAAGACGGUAUCCGCGGCGGCGUUUGCGGGCCCAGUAGGCGACACGCAAAAGCAAAUAACCCCCUGGUAGAGCACGACCCCAAGAAGCCAACCACCUACAUCUUCUACCUGGACGCCAACAACCUCUACGGCUGGGCAAUGUCACAGCAUUUACCAGUGAGGGACUUUGAAUGGGCGGAGCCACGGGAGAUAGACUACUACCUGCGUGUGAGGCCGGACAGCCGCAAAGGAUUCAUCCUUGAAGUGGAUCUAGAAUACCCCGAGCACCUACAUGACGCCCACAACGAGUUUCCCUUAGCACCAGAGGCCGUGGAGAUACCAUUUGCGCAGCUGUCUCCGCUACAGCAGCAGAUGUGCCCCAAUUACAAGCCCUACAGGAAGCUAACGAUGAACCUGAUGGACAAAAAGAAGUACGUUGUGCAUUACCGCAACCUGCAGUUCUAUGUGCGCCACGGCUUACGCGUCAAGAGGAUCCACCGCGUGCUGAAGUUCACACAGGAGCCAUGGAUGCAGCCCUACAUCGACUUCAACACUCAGAAGCGCACAGCGGCAAAGAACGACUUUGAGAAGAAUCUGUUCAAACUAAUGAAUAACUCCGUCUUUGGUAAGACGAUGGAGAACAUCCGCAAGCGGGUAAGCAUAAAGAUAGCCAGCACCAGAGAGGAGGCAGAAGCAUACGUGUCACAGCCUGGAUUCGUCAGAUACGUAGAAAUGCUAAACUUCUACGUGAUUCACAUGAAGAAAGCGAACCUAUUUCUGAACAAACCCGUAUACACGGGGUUUACAGUGUUAGACCUAUCAAAGUUGCUCAUGUAUGAGUUUUACUACGACAAGCUAAAACCGAAAUACGGUGAUAAGUGCCACCUCUUAUACACGGACAYCGACUCUUUGAUCCUCGAAGUGCAGACGGAAGACGUCUACCAGGACUGCCUUGAGGACCUCGAUGAGUACGACACCAGCGCCUACCCUAAGGAACACUUCCUUUACUCCGCGAAGARCAAGAAGGUAAUAGGGAAGAUGAAGGACGAAAUGUGCGGCAAGCCCAUUGUGGAAUACGUGGGCCUGAAACCCAAGAUGUACAGCGUUCUCAAAAUGGACGGCGUAGAAAAGAAAGCCAAAGGCGUAAAAAAUACGUGUUUAAGAAGGACAUAA